UGCCUAGUAGAAUCACUGUCUUUCUGCUGAAAAUUAUCCAAUUAGCCAACCCUAACCCUAGUUUUUUUAUGUCCUAAACCAGUUUACCAGGAUACAAACCAGAGUUUGCUGAUGAAAUCCAUGUUUCAAACAUAGCAGCAGCCCACCCCCCCACCCUCUCCCUCUCACCCCAAAAAUUUUCAUCCGUUUUUUCUACCCAAGAAACCUUUCCUCUUAGCGAUUCCAACACCUGAGAGAAGGGAGAGAGAUAUGGCCCUUUCCUCCCCGAAAUGCCCAUCCUCCCAGUUUGCUCUUCGCCCCUCCCCUGCGCCUAGAAGCCAGCGUGUGGCGGCCGCUUCCUCCUCGCUGUCCUGUCCUCCCAUUCCAAGGCGAUUAUUUUCGAAGAGGGUUUCCUCCCAAUCACGUGCAAAUCGGCGCUGGAACGUUGCUUCCGUGCACGAUGCAGCUAGAACUUUACCUAUUUCUCCUGCAAAAGAAAUUGAUUUGAAGAAAGUAGAAAAUGGUGUGUCAUCAGCUAUAUCUGCUGAGGAAUAUCGAGAUUUAGCAGGCCUUAGUACUAGAGAGAACUCUACGGUUAGUAUCACUGUAGUUGGAGCCUCUGGAGACCUUGCUAAGAAGAAGAUAUUUCCUGCAUUAUUUGCACUAUAUUAUGAAGACUGCCUCCCUGAGCAUUUCACAAUAUUUGGCUAUGCUCGGAGUAAGAUGACGGAUACUGAAUUACGAAACAUGGUCAGCAAAACACUCACUUGCAGAAUUGAUAAAAGGGAGAAUUGUAGUGAAAAGAUGGAGCAGUUUUUGGGAAGAUGUUUUUACCAUUCAGGCCAAUACGAUUCUGAGGAAAAUUUUGCAGAGCUAGAUAAAGAGAUAAAAAAACAUGAGGCUGGGAGGCUUUCCAACCGCCUUUUCUAUCUAUCAAUACCUCCAAAUAUAUUUAUGGAUGUGGUAAAAUGUGCAAGCAAGUCAGCUUCUUCUGCAAAUGGCUGGACGAGGGUCAUAGUUGAAAAACCCUUUGGCCAAGACUCUGAAUCUUCAGCUGCAUUGACACGAGGCCUGAAACAGUUUCUGGUGGAGGACCAAAUUUUCAGGAUUGACCACUACUUGGGGAAGGAACUGGUUGAAAACCUAUCUGUCCUUCGCUUCUCAAAUCUUGUUUUCGAGCCUCUGUGGUCGAGACAGUAUAUAAGAAAUGUACAACUAAUCUUUUCUGAAGAUUUUGGCACUGAAGGACGAGGAGGGUACUUUGAUAACUAUGGUAUCAUCAGAGACAUCAUGCAGAAUCAUCUGCUUCAGAUGUUAGCCUUGUUUGCAAUGGAAACUCCUAUCAGCUUGGAUGCCGAGGAUAUCAGAAAUGAGAAGGUGAAAGUUCUCCGCUCUAUGAAGCCACUGCAACUAGAAGAUGUUGUGAUAGGGCAAUAUAAAAGCCACACCAAGGGGGGUUUUACAUACCCAGCAUACACAGAUGAUAAGACCGUUCCCAGAGACAGCCUGACUCCAACAUUUGCUGCUGCUGUCCUUUUCAUAGAUAAUGCGAGAUGGGAUGGAGUGCCAUUUCUCAUGAAGGCUGGAAAAGCAUUGCAUACAAGGCGAACAGAGAUUAGAGUACAGUUCAGACAUGUUCCUGGUAAUUUAUACAGGAGCUUUGGGACAGAUCUUGAUCGAGCUACAAAUGAGCUUGUGAUCCGGGUGCAACCUGAUGAGGCUAUCUACCUAAAGAUCAAUAACAAAAUCCCUGGUUUGGGAAUGAGACUGGAUCGAAGUAAUCUGAAUCUGCUUUAUGCAGCAAGAUACUCAAAAGAGAUACCGGAUGCUUACGAGAGGCUUCUGCUCGAUGCCAUUGAAGGGGAACGGAGGCUUUUCAUUCGCUCUGAUGAGUUGGAGGCUGCUUGGGCGCUCUUCACUCCAUUACUGAAAGAGUUGGAAGAAAAAAGGAUAGCUCCUGAGCUUUAUCCUUAUGGGAGCCGAGGACCAGUUGGUGCACACUACCUUGCUGCCAAGCAUAAAAUUCGGUGGGGCGAUCUUAGUUCUGAGCACUACAAAAUAUGAUUUUUUGAAAAAUUGUAGUCUAAAAGCUGUAAUUGUAUGUAUACUCAGCAAGUUAGCUUGGAGAUGGGUGGAAAUGUGUGAGAAUAAGGUGAGAAAAUCCUUUUCACAAGGAACAAGCUGAGUUUUUGUUGUAACAUCUGCAUCUCAAUCUUGUAUCAAUGGAAAACUUGUUCUUGUUAGAAAUUAAGAUUAAUAAUUCCUCGGACAA